AGUGUUGCCCGGUGUUGCACGGUGUGUAGACAGACAGUGAGCAUAGCAGCUGGCAAUCCAAUUUCGAAAUGCUAUUAGGGCGAAAUGUCAGACGUAUAAAUUAUAUAUUUAGUCGCACCAAAAAAAGAACCACGACUGCAUCAUUUCUGUGUCCAUUUGGGACAAUAGAGAGAGAGAGAAAAAAAAUUGAUUGUAUUUUUUUUAAAAUAAAACUUAGUUAUUUAGUAAGACCAUUAACAAAUUAACUGCAUCCAUUAUCAUUUGUGAUUGUGAUUUUAUCAUUUUUUUUAAACCAAGUUUGAUGUGUGAUUUCGGGCAGAACGAGCGCUUGAAAAAUACGCAUUAAAUAUUAAAGGCAAAGAAUUCCAUUGAAAAAGCGAUUGCAAGAUGGCCGCACAGUGAAAGUUGUAUGGUAUUUUGCAUGGGCGAACAAUAGAGUGCGAACAAUUGCUACGAUUUUCAAACGUUGGACGAUAAACUGCGUGCAUUUUUGUAUUAAAUAAAAAUUGAAAACAUUUAAAUAACACAAUUGGAAAAGAAAAAGUCGUCAAAAUUAUUCCCGAAGCAUUCAAUUUUAUGGAGAAAAAAAAUAAAAGAAUUAUUGAACCAAUGGAAGACGAAGAAGAUUUGGAAUUGUUGCGAUUGGCCGCGUUGAAAUCAUUGAAAAAAGAAAAUGUGCCAGCUGCUAAGCCCGUGAAUAAUGUGGUGGUAGUGAAUCAUAUUAUUCCAGUUGUGAGUAAUAUUCGGCCAACGGUUGAUAAAUUCUAUACACCUUGUGAAUCCGAUCGCAUUCAACCAAAUCUCAUUCAUCACCCUGUGCCACCAUAUGUAAAUUCAGGCUUUGAAAAGAUGGAAAUUAGUGAAUCAUAUCUACCACGAAGACUGAAUCCACAACCACAUCCAUUCAAUGAAUAUGUUCCAUUUGGAGCCGCACCCAUAGCGCCCAUCUUUGAUCCAAUUACAAAUGUGCAGUUGUCGCCACGCAGUGCUGCGUUUGUCAAUGAAAAUAAGCAAAUUAUCAAACGAAGACAGGGAAUAUCACCAUCACAUUCACCAGUUUCGUUUCGAAAAUCACCGGGUCGCUGGUCAAGAUCACCAUCACCGGAUGGUUGGAAAUAUCGACGUUCAAGCAAAUCUCGUUCACCCGCCUAUCCAAAUCAUUCGCCACACUUUCGAAAUCGUUCUGUAUCACGUUCACCUCAACGCCGACGCAAUUCACCACAAUCCGUGCACAGUCGACGCAAUCGAACCCGAUCUCCAAAUGCACGCACCAAUUUCGAUGGUAAUGCUCAUCGCUCGGAACGGCGCACUCCACCACCGAAUCGAAGAGCCAAUUCACCAGCGACCAAUCGACACCCGUCACGAACAUGGCCCGCUCCAUCGACACAACGUGACAAUGGUACACAUUUGAGAAAGUCUGGAUCACCACGUGCAGACGAACGACGACGACGUACACGAUCUCCUUUGAAUGCCACCAAAUCUGAUGUAAGACGACGCACUUUGAGUCGAUCACCAAAUCGUAAAUAUCCUAGAACCAAUACGAAUAGACCACCACGUCGAACGCCACCCGGCAAACGCUUCAAUAACUCGAAUAACAGUACUAAACCAGGCCAUGGCGGAGCACGCAAUCGUAAUCACAAUCGAAGAUCUGGAUCUCCGUCGACGUUGUUGCAACAUCGUCGCUCACAUUCACCCGCAAAUCAUCACAAAUGCAGAUCACCGGCGAGAAAUCACGUGAAAAAUGGACCGAGCUCGAAUAAAUCGAACGAAAAGGAAUCGCAAUUGGAACGCAAUGACCAGCCAAUGGAAGACGUUUCGAAGAAUAAUGAGAUUGACUCGAAUGAAGAAAUGACAAAUGAAAAGACAAAGCAUGAAAUGGAAGAUGAAUUACUUGCAUCGUCUGACAGCGAGAAUUCUGAUGACGACAACAACAAUGAUGGCAUUGACCUUUUCGCAUCGGAAGAGAGUGAAUCGGAGAAUGAAGGACGAUUCAAAUUGAGCUCGAGUAAGAGCGAACGGAAGCUAAAUGUGCCAGUGGUUUCAUUCUCGGAAUUAGGCAAAACGACCACAGCACCAGCUGAUGUACUAUUACGUGAUCUGGAUGAACUACAGGCGGAUGCAAAUCAGGCACAGAGAAGAGGAGGUGCACGUAGAGACAACGAUAGACAUAAUCGCAAUCGAAGAGAUGACCGAAGAUUCCGACGAGAUGAUAGAGAUAAUAAAGAACGAGAAAAUAGAGACAGAGAACGGGGAGAGCGCGGAGAACGGGAUAGAGAUAGAAGAGACCGUGACCGUGGUAGAGUAGAUAGAGAGCGUGAACAUGAAUCUAGCAAACCAAAAUCAAGUGGCUCGUGGAAAAAUUCAAAAAACGAAGACAGUCGAAAGAAAGACGAACCAACCAAUGAUACCAAUGGUAAAGGUGAUCGCAAACUAUUCAAACAAACGUUCACAACAGUUGAUGACAAAGAACCAAAGUCUAGGUCACCAGAUGCAGAAAAAUCGACGGACGUGAGAGGCAAAGGAAACGGCGAAAAACGCAAUGCGGUACAACUAAAACGUUCUUCAAAAUCAACCGAGAAGAUUGCCGAAGCGAAGAGUCUCCAAUCGACGGUGAUAGAAAAACGUGCAUCACCGCCAAGUGACAGUGUAUCAACAGCAGCAUCUGCAGCGGCAGCGGCCGCAUCAAAGAAGCCGAUUCAUCUGCGACUUGGUGCAAUGACCAAGACAUGGAAAACAAGUAAAAAGACGUGGAGAACUGAAAAGGUUUAGAAACAGGCUAUUUCCAAUUGAACUACUACUAUCACACACAUACACAAACACAAUUUAUUACUGCUGCUCAACAAAAUCAACUUGGAAUCACUGCAUUGUGUUCAGCUAUUGCUACUGCACCGUAUUAUUUUCUCCAGUCAUCACCGUUUGCCGAGAGAGUGAGAGUGAUUAGAAAGAGUGUUUCACAAUCCCUCCGAAGCUGAUGGACGCUACACUACAACAACAACAACGAAUAUGUGCACCAUUUGCGAGCCGAUUACCCACCCUUUCUAUUCGACUCCUUUUUCCUUUCAUUUUAUCAAUUGACACUUUUCUAAAGUUGAUCUUUCUUUGUGUAAUUUUGUACAUUUUCUUUCAGUUUUUCUUUUAACUAAAAACAUAAAUGUCUAUUAUUGUAAUUUUAA